UCCGGCGGCGCGGGCUCCGGCCCAGUAAGCGGACGCGGCCGCGGGGCCCAGGAUCCGACGCAGGGGGAGAUGGAGGCGGGCGGCGCGGCCGACUCGCUCCUCUCCGGAGCCUGCGUGCUCUUCACCCUCGCCAUGUACUCCACCGGCCUCUCGGACCUCAGGCAAAUGCGGACGACCCGGAGCGUGGACAGUGUCCAGUUCCUGCCCUUUCUCACCACCGACAUCAACAACCUGAGCUGGAUGAGUUACGGGGCCUUGAAGGGUGACGGAACCCUAAUCUUCGUCAACGCCACGGGCGCCGUGCUUCAGACCGCGUAUAUCUUGGUGUACCUGCACUACUGCCCUCGGAAGCGUCCGGUGCUCCUCCAGACUGCGACCCUGCUGGGGGUCCUUCUCCUGGGUUUUGGAUACUUUGGGCUCCUGGUGCCCAACCUGGAGGCCCGGCUCCAGCAGCUCGGCCUUUUCUGCAGCGUCUUCACCAUCAGCAUGUACCUCUCACCACUGGCUGACUUGGCCAAGAUCAUUCAGACAAGAUCAACCCAGCGUCUCUCCUUCCCACUCACCAUUGCUACCCUCCUCACCUCCGCCUCCUGGACCCUCUAUGGGUUUCGACUAGGCGAUCCCUACAUCAUGGUGCCCAACCUACCAGGGGUCCUCACCAGCGUCAUUCGCCUCUGGCUUUUCUGGAAGUAUUCCCGGGAGCAGGACAGGAGCCACCCGCUCCUGCAGACCUGAGGGAGUUCACCCAACCCCUGGGCACCUUAAGGCCAACCUGCUACCAAAGAGAGCUCCUUGUUGCAGCUGUUUCUGCUGACUGGCUCCAUGAGCACAGCGGGUUGUGGAAAGGAAAAAGACGGCUCUGAGAACCGAGGGACCAAAGAAAGUGUUUUGCUUGGAAGAUUGGCUGGGACUUGGGAGAUGAAUCACUUAUUUUUUAUAGAUUAUAUUUUUAAAUUGUGGACCUUGAGGUGAAAUCCUUAGAAUGUGCCUUAAAAUAAAUCAUUCCCACCCCUGCCCAUCAAAGCGUAGUCUCUGUUUGGUGAUUCUCAACCUGUC